AUGGAUUCAGUGCCGGAGCUUACUGUGGAGCUCAAGAGAUUGGCUGCCGGCCUCCUUGCGGUCGAAUCGAGCAAUGAGCGGCUUGAGUUCGCCCGCAUCAGGGAUGUUUCUGGCGCCGGACUCCUUGCUGGAAAGAGCUUGCCGAAUCUGGCGACAAUCGGCAAGCGCAUUGCUAUCCAGAUGGAAGGCGAUCGGUGGUCGCAAGUGAAGCUCCCGGCAGGAUCAUCAGAAACGGUUGUGGCAGCUGGAAUGUUCAUGCACGGCAUGAACGACUUACGGCUGCUCAAUACAGAGCGGUCCGUGCACAUGGAGUCACCAGUGCGGUGCCUGACCGUGCAGGACGCUGCGGACUACGGGAUAUCCUUUGGCACCCGCCAGAACCCCUUCCUGCAGCGCUGCGGCAAACGAACAGUAUUGCUUGACCUGAAGAGGGCGAAGUUUUGCCCGGAUGGGGUUCCUAGCGACCUUCUCCUGGGCCGGGGUGGAGAUCGGCGAGCUUCAGAAAUCAAAGGAUCUUUCUGCGGGGACGGCCUCGCCGAAGCAGAGCUUCCCGGACAGAUCUGCGUGAAAGAGCUGACCGUCGAUGUCCGAUGGCGCAUGGACAAGCUGAGAUCCUUUGUGGCGCAGGCCAUGGUUAUUCACGUGGACUUUUCUUCUGACACGCUGCCCUGUGACGACAAGCGGGCUGAGAAUAUUGAGCAGCACGCCGGCCUGUUUCCACAAUCCUCCGGUCCUGGUCCUCGCCUGAGAAGUUCAGCUGCGCAGCAGGAUGUGCUUCUUCCACAGAUGUCGAUCAGCAGCAAAGACUCCUUGGGAGGAGUACUGCGCCAGGACGAAAGUUCGUCGCAUCGGGACCUUAGCUGGACGUGCAUUUGGAACAACCCCCGGCAAAUGGGGAAUCCUUUGGCCGCGUCCGUCCAGCAUCUUUACAUCGUCGUCCUGGACGUGGUGACUGCUCUGUUUCUGGCAGCCAGCUGUGUGCGUUUUUCGAGGAAGUACGGCGGGGUGCGCGUGGCGCACCGCGUUCGCCAGCAUUUGGAGCGAUUGGGGACCGUGCUCAUCGGACCGAACGAUUCGGAGGUGGCCCAGAAGCUGCACCUCGCUUUGUGCCAGCUGCUUGUGAGUCUCUCCAAGAUCCUGGGUGCAGUCUUCUUCUUGCGGCUGCUGGCGAUUCAGUGGUAUCAAUUCAGGCACGAAGCCUAUGACUUACAGUCCUUGGACAUAUCCUACAUGAUCGCUUACCCGGUGUCCUUGCUUUGCGUCCUCUGCCAGAGAGCAGUCAGGCCCUCCACCUUGGAUGCCAUUUAUGCCUCGAACCAGCUUCUUCUGCUUUUGCCGCUGUGGUUGGCGCCCCCGGCCGAUAUUAAGUACGUGGCCGCUAUCACGCUUCUGCCGCGCUUCCUUGCUGGGCUCUCGGCGAAGCGCGUGGCGUUGCCUCUGUUCGGACACUGCCUACAUGCGCUGCUGGCCUUGAAGCGCUUGAACGGCACAGAACCUUUCCAGGCGCCGGCGGAUGUCCUGUCACAGGCGGCGGAGGUCGUCGGCCUCUUCGCAGGAACCCUCUUAGUGCGGAGGCAGCUGCACCAGAGCGUGCAGCUCACCUCUGAUUUAAAGAGUCGGCAGAUCGAGUUAGACACCGUCUCCACACUGCUUUUGGGCUUUUGCGAUUCUGUGGUGGAGCUGGAUGAGGACUUGCGGCUGACCGAAGAUUCUCGGCAGCUCUCGACGACGUUGCUUCCCGAAGAUACCGGGACUAGCCAUGGGCUCGCCGGCAGCGACUUCUUGGAGUUCGUUUGCCAGGAGGACCUGCCCGCUCCUGUAGGGUUUGAAUCAGUUAGGGGUUUAGGGUUUAAAACAGUUUUGGUUUUAUUAGGUUUCAGGGGGUAG